GUUCAAUCAACCUAACCUAACAUUUUCACAUUCGAUUUAGUGUUGUUUACUCUUAUUUAAACAUAUUUCCUAUUUAUUGUAGGAAUUUAGUUGUAGUUUCAAAGAAUUAAACAAUUAACGAAAUGACUUCGUUCGAUUUUAAAUGGAAAAGUGGUGAUAGUUCAGCGAAAAGUACGUUUGCCAAGAAGAGAAAGCCAAAUAAAAAUGAAAGUGCUAUGUCGCAGUCACAAAAUAAAUCUGUAACAAAUGUUAAAGGACCAACGGAGACUCAAGCUUUGCUUAAAAAGAAAACUGGAGUACGAAAAGCGAAUCCUACAGUUUCGAAAGAAAUCGAUUCGAGUGCAAGUUCGAAUCAAACGAAAGAAUCAAAUGCUCCAAGAAACACUAACAAGAGUAGUAAUUUUGGUACGAAUUCAAAGUUUCGUAGGAAUUUCGGAAAUACAGAUACAACCGAAAGUAACACUAAUAAAAGCAGCAAUUUUGGUACGAAUUCAAAGUUUCGUAGAAAUCUUGAAAGUAAAGAUACAACAGAAAGUACCGAAGAAGCGCCAAAAUUUAUAAAACGAAAGUGGAAGAAAGACAAAAUAGCCGCUAAAAAGGCUUUAGCGGAGGGAAAAUCUGUCCAAAACGACGCUUCAAAGAAACCACCAGCCCAUUCUCUAUUUGCCGUCGGCCAAAAGGAUAUCUACGUUAAAAGCAACACCCGAGCGAAAUCUGUUGUCGAGGAAGUGUUUAGUGCGGAUAAGAAAUUCAGCGAUUUAAAUAUACACAAAUACAUAGUCUCAAAUUUAAAUAAAAUUGAUUUUGUGACUCUCACAAACGUUCAGGAGAAAUCCAUUCCUGCUAUCCUCGAAGGAAACAACGUUUUGAUAAGAUCUCAAACUGGUUCUGGAAAAACUUUAGCGUAUGCCGUCCCAAUUUUAGAUGCUUUACAAAAUAUUAAUCCCAGAUUACAAAGAACCGAUGGAGUACAAGCCAUUAUCGUUGUCCCUACCCGAGAACUCGCCUUACAAACUUACGAAUUAUUCGGGAAAAUUAAUACUUUUCAAUGGAUUGUGGUCAGUUAUCUCUGCGGAGGAGAAAAUCGUAAUACGGAAAAAACGAGACUUCGGAAAGGAGUUCACAUAUUAAUAGCUACUCCUGGUAGAUUAUUGGACCAUAUGCUUCAUACAAACGCCUUUAAAACUCAAAAUGUAAGAUGUUUGGUUCUAGACGAAGCCGAUCGACUAUUAGAUAUGGGUUUUAAAAAGGAUAUCGUAAAGAUAGUUGAAGAAUUUGACGCUGCUAAGAAAAAUGCCGAAUACAAUCCGAUGGCCUUAUUAAAAAAAACCUAUUUUACCGAUGAUGAUGGUGAAUCAACAGCAGCAGCUUCGAAUCCACCCGAUACCUCUUCAAUGCCUUUAAGAGAUCCAAAAAGCAAAACAAGGCAAACGUUAUUACUUUCUGCCACAUUGACUCAAGGAAUAGCGGAAUUGGCGGAUUUCACAAUGAAAGAACAUACCUACAUAGACGCAUUAGAUGAAUUCGCGACCGCCAAUCCCGAAAUGAUGGUUAUACCUAAAACAGUCCAGCAAAAAUUCAUCGUUACCCACACAAAGCAUCGCUUAUUCACUCUAUCCGCCAUGCUAAUAACCCUAUCGCAAACCAAAUCUAAAGUAUUUGUAUUCAUGGGCACUAGCAAUAUGGUCGAUUACCAUUACGAUCUGUUCACUAAAUACCUCGUGCAGUUACCGAGGAACAGAGGGAAGCUGAAAAGCGACAAUAUCGUUGUUUUGGAAGAUUUCGAUAACGCUAGCGACGAUGAGGAAAUUGUUGUCGAUACGGAAUUUUUCAAAUUGCACGGAAAUAUGGAUCAGAAUGUUCGUAAGGACGUUUUCACGAAAUUUAGAGCAGCCAAAAAGGGUGUUUUAAUUUGUACAGACGUGGUGGCUAGAGGAAUCGACGUUCCCACCGCGGAUUGCAUUAUUCAAUACAACGGCCCGCAGAGCAUCGAGGAUUACCUGCAUCGGGUCGGCAGGACCGGGAGGGCGGGAAAAUCCGGCACCUCUUACAUAUUUCUGACGCACGAAGAGCAGGAUUUCGUCACCGAAAUGGAGAAGCACAGAGUUUACUUGCAAAAACACGAGACGGAGGUGUUUUUGAAGAAUUUGAGCGCCGUAAUGGACGAGGCGGACCACGAGAAAGCCGCCGUGGCUUUGCAGAAACGCUUCGAAAGCGCUUUGGAAAACGAUAAGGAGUUGCACAAAUCCGCUUGUGUGGCUUACAGUUCAUGGUCUCGUUUCUACAAUACGUAUUCAACUAAAAUGCGACCGAUUUUCGAUUUCAAAAAAGCCAACUUAGGUCAUUACGUCACCAGCUUCGGUUUAAAAGAGUCUCCAACAGCUGUAGCCAGAGUAGUCAGAGGCCAAUUCGGUAAAACUGAGGCUCCAAGAUUAAAUAGAAAAUUGCAGAUACACGAAACGGAAGAGAAACCCAGAGCGAAAAAUCCUCCAAAGAAGAAAAUAAAAUCAGUGAGCCUCACAACAUCAGAAUUUUCAAGCGGAUUGGAACCGAUGAAGAAAAAGCGAAAGAAAACCAACGAUUCUGAUAAUGAAUAAUUUGUAAUGCACAUAAGAUUGUUAAUUUUUUUUUAUAUAAAAUAAACUUGUA